AUGAAUAAAAAAAAGUCUAAUCCAUCACUAAGAAUUCAAAAUAACCCUGAGGACCAAAAUCUUAUAGUUCCAGUUUACGUUGAUCAGAAAUUCGAAUUCUCAGAUGAGAUAAAAAAUGUCAAUGAUGUCUACACAUUCCAACAUUUUGUUAAAAUUCUUUGCCGGAAUGUUAGUAAUUUUGAUAAACAAAGGGACAAACAUGAGAUAUUUCAACAUCAACAUCUUAUUCAUCUUGAUAACAUUCAAGAAUUUACAACUAUCCUUCGAAAAUUUAAUCUACAAACUUUUCUCAACGUUUGUGAAAAUCACAAAAAUGCCACUAUUUACGAUAAAACAUCUUUAAAUUCAUAUUUUAAUGUUAAGAAUAUCAAGGUUAAAAAGAGGACUUUAAUGGAAUAUCAGACCAAAUUAACACAGGAAGAAAUCGACAUCCUAAUUUUUAGAUAUCUGAAAGCUGGGAAAUAUAUUAGGAAAUGGAAACUAAGAGACUCUACAAAUACAUUAAUAGCACUCAAUCGUAACUUAAAAAAAAAUAAUCCACUACUCUCAGAAGAAGUUCAACAACUUGACUUAAUAAAAAAUAAUCUGCUAAUCUCAAAAGUAGUUAGACACGUUGCACUUUCUAAAAAUCUAAUUUUUAUUGCCGGGGCUGGUAUUUCUUGUAGUGGAGGGAUACCCGAUUUUAAAAGUUCAAAUAGUCUUUUUGAAAUGAUAAACCAAAAAUAUUUAGGUAGCUUUCGUUCGGUCAGAUACUUAUUUGAUGCUAAUUUACAUAUAUCUGACAAAGCUGUUAAAGCAUUUUAUAAUUUUAUUGGUGAAUUAAACAAAUUAGUUUUAAAAACUGAACCCACAGCUACUUAUUUGUUUAUAAAAAAAUUGGCAGAUAUAAAAAAAUUAAAAAGAGUAUAUACACAAAAUAUAGAUAAUCUCGAAGAAAAAGCAGGAUUAGAAGUUUGGAAUUUUGAAAAAUUAAAAUAUUGCGAAUCACAAGUAGUUCAAUUGCAUGGAACAUUAGAAAAUUUACAAUCAGUGAUCCUUUAUGGUGACAAACAUCCUAACGAAUUAGAAAUUAGAGAAAUCGCAGAAUAUGAUCAAAAAAAAGCCGAUUGCUUGUUAAUAAUAGGAACUUUUUUAAGAAUUCCUGGUGUGAAACGUCUUGUAAAAAAAUUUGCUAAAGCAGUUCAUGAACGUAAAGGUUACGUGAUAAUGGUGAAUGCUAUGAAUGUAGUUACUAAAGAAUGGAAUGGGGUCAUUGACUAUCAAAUAGUAG